UCUCUCUCUCUCUCUCUCUCUCUAUCUAUCUCUCUCUCUCCUCUUUGUCUGUUUCACCGCAACGACUGACCAAGAAUUUUCCGGCAUUGACCAAUUCUAUGAGAGACCCAGCUCCGAUAGUGCCAGAUCGGUUCAGGCAAUGAGGUUAAAAGAGAGGAGGAUAACAGAAAACACUCGGCUUUUGGCAUUUCGCAAGCAAAAUUCAGCUGCUUGAGGAGAAUUAGGAUGACCCUGAGAAGCGAGAACUAGGAAAACAAGAGAAAAAUUGGGAUAUUUUCUCAACAGAAUUCAAGAAUGGAUUUUCGAGGCAAGUUUUCGAUUCCACAGCCUGAGGAGAUUCCUUUGGAGAGCUCUUGGAUGCCGGCAACACCAAAGAAGCCACCCAUUUUGGUGAGAUCCAAUUCAGUCUUAGAAAGCCCAAAUGGGAAUCUAGUACCGGGGGGUAUGGCCAAUUGGUUAGAACCGGCAUCAAAUAACAAUUGCUUUGCUGAAAUUUUCAAUACAAAUCCACAAACGGGUCGAAUUCCUGCGCGGUUCGGGUGCGAUGGGAAUCCGAAUGCUAAUGCCAUUGCUGGUUCUUAUCAACAACAGUCUUUGCUUGAUGAGGGUGUAGAUUGGAACAAUAUCUCAUUUCUGCAGCUGUUGCAGCAAGGGGAUAAUCCAGAUUUGGCUGCCUCCGCAAACAGAACGCUGACCGGAGAUGUACAAGCGGCAGCAGAGAUGCCUCUUAUGCCGAUUCAGCGACCCGAAAUGAGCAACUUCCGAGGAGAUUGCAGCUCAUCAGGUGGUCUCAGUUCAGGUUCGAGCUUAAGACCUGAUAUGACCAAUGCACAUUGUCAAGUUGAGAGAAGUUGGAUUAGUUUGUUGCACAGAGAAGGAAAUCGGGGUCCGGCUUCAGACCUGUCAGAUAAUGAUGCUUUCCCCAGAGCUUCCAGGCCAAGCUAUGAUUUGAACUCCUCUCUAAGUAUAAAUUCUCAUGCUCACGCUAAUGUUGCCAACUCGCUUGUUUUCACACCAGAACAGGCCGCAAACCUGGAAAAACAACGAUCUACAUUGGUCACAUCUACAGUAGUUGAAAGCACAAGUCAGGAAAAGGACAAGAUGGGGAAUUUAGUUCAGUACACGGGAGAGGCAAUUCAACACGGUGAUGAACUCUUGCAAAAUAUUGUGGACUCAUCAUCCACCGCCAUUUCUACACAGAAGGAGAAGACAGACUCUGACAAGAAAGUUGACCUAGGCAUUGAUCUGAAUAAGACACCACAGCAGAAACCUCCCAAACGCAAGAAACACAGGCCCAAGGUAAUUGUAGAAGGCAAACCUAAAAGGACUCGAAAGCCUAUACAGCCAAAAAAUACAGUGUCUGGGGAGAACCUUCCAGCAAAGAGGAAAUAUGUACGCAAGAAUAAACCAAAGAAUGUAACAGGUCAAGAGGUCGAUGUUACAGGGGAGACAAGAGACCCUGGUACUGGAACAGCCCAAAAAACUUGCAAGAGAGUCUUAAUUUUUGAUAUGGAAAAGACUGGCGAUGAAACCCACGACAAUGUGGUCGCUCGGCAGGAGGUGCAGAACAUGAAUAAAAGCACUACAAGUAUGGCUGGGAACUAUCAACCCACGGGACUGGGUAAUGGAAUGAAUCAAGCAUGUGGAACGAUGCGAUCUGCACAGAGUGGCUUACCUAAGAGCUUGAUGGUAGAAAACCAGAUUCCAGGACAGAUGAGUAGCGAUACACACUUCACGAGAACGCCACCUGAUAGGCAAGCAGCUCUUGCCCCAUUAGCUUCUACACAGGACCAGCAAUUGAGAAAUUUUUAUGUAACCGGGAGACCUGUAAUAAGUGCCAAUGCUGAUCAAUGGCAAAACAGAACGGCAGAUAAAUACAUUCUCAUGCAGCAACAAACACUUAGAGAAGGAACAGGUCAAAAUGGCCUUCUAGGAAAAGCUGAUUAUGCGAACCUUGAAAGGGCUAAACAAAUUAUCAACCUUGAGAGGAUUAGACUGAUAAUGCAGAUCAUGCCUCAGCAAGCACCAAUGACUCCAUCCAAAUUCUAUGAAGCAAGAGGAUCAAAAAGAGAACAUUGUCAAACCACUGAACAGGCGAACCUAUCGACCUCAAAUCAUGCUGGUUCAUCAUUGUAUGACGAGCCAUAUCAAGUAGAUGAAUAUCACAGAAAUGGGCAUAUACUGCGCACAGGAUUUUUGCAAACCCAUAAGAAAAAUAAAAUUGGGGGUGGCUACAGAGACAUCCAGAACAUGCCUUCUAGCACCAAAGCAGCUGAUGGGGGUUUAGGAAACACUGAAACUAAAAGACCAGAUGAUGCGAAUCCAAUUGGACAGAAAUCAAGACUCAAUUGCACAAUUUUGAAUUCCCAUCUUCAAGGUAGCAGAGUUGCAGAUAGAAUAAACGAUCAGGUAAAUAAAUUUACCAGUGACAUGUAUGUUCAUCCUAUGGCUUCAGGGCAAAAUUCACCAAAGCAGCAAAUUUCAUCCAAGAUACAUUCACAUUCAGAAAGGAUGGGUUCUACCUGGGGGCUGAAUCCAUUUAACGGCAUUUCCACCCAAACCACAAUUGAGAAGUGUAAAUAUCUCGUACACAUACCAUCUCGCCCAGAAGUAUCUACUGGACCAGGAAAUGGCCAGACUUUCCAAACAUGGUACAGCAUGUCAGAAAAGAGGCAGACUGUGGGAGCCCCUCUAUUAAAAUCAGCUUCGUCAAGAGUGGAUAAACUGCAGGAGCCCUCGCCAAAAAGAAGAGGUCCAACGAAAAAGCAAAUUCCAACACUAAUCGACGAGAUCAUAUAUAGACUUAAGAGGCUCGACCUCAACGAAGGUAGCAAUGGACUGCAACAACAAGACCAAAAUGCACUUGUCCUAUAUAAAGGAGAUGGAGCAGUUGUUCCUUAUGGUGGAUUGGAAUUUCUUAAGAAGCGUAAACCACGUCCCAAAGUGGAUCUUGAUCCAGAAACAAACAGGGUGUGGAAUCUUUUGAUGGGAAAGGAAGGAAGUGAAGACGUAGAAGGAACAGAUAAGGAAAAGGAGAAAAAAUGGGAAGAGGAAAGGAAAGUGUUUCGUGGGCGUGUUGAUUCUUUCAUUGCACGCAUGCACCUUGUUCAAGGAGAUAGACGUUUCUCACCGUGGAAAGGAUCUGUUGUUGACUCGGUGAUAGGGGUUUUCCUUACUCAGAAUGUCUCAGACCAUCUUUCAAGCUCUGCCUUCAUGUCUCUAGCAGCUCGAUUUCCUCUCAAGUCAAGGACCUUUAGCACAAAAGACAAGGCCAAAACGAACAUAAUAGAUAGACAAGCACCAAUCUCGAUAUUGAAUCCAGAUGACACCUUCAAAUGGCGCGAAGUAUUUGGUGAACCAAUUAAUAACCCAAACAUUGCAUCCCGUCAUUCUGAGAACCAGUGGGGAAGUGAUAUAAGAGGGACCGAAAGGACCUUGACAGAGGCACAAAGUCAAACUUUGGACGAAGAAUUCAUCUUGUCCCAAGAUUCUUUUGAUUCCACAAUCACUCAAGUUGCUAGUGGAAUAAGAUCCUGCUCAGGCUCCAACUCAGAAACAGAAGAUCCCUGUACUUCAUGCAAACCCAGUAGCGUUCAACUUUCAUCCUCGACUCAUUGUCUACAAAUGGAAAAGAUGACCUCGGUUCACGAAGUUUGCAGUCUUGUGAAUGGAUGUACAGAAUUGAAUGAGAAGUCCAAGCAUAGGUUGGUAGAAUAUGACCAGCUAAAGUUGAGAUAUGAUGCAAUGAAACAUCUUGAUUUCCCUUCAUCCACUUAUUCAGACAGUCCUGACUAUCUAUACAUGCAAUCAGCUGGCCCUUCCACAAGUAAUAAGUUGCACAUUAUAAACGACUCUAGAGUACCUGAAUUAUGUUGCUUUGAAACCUUUAGUGAAGAAAGCACGUCCUCUUGGCAUUCAACUACUUCCAGAUCUGCUAAAGGGCCAGAGGCAGUUUCUAAGAGCUCAAGAACCGGUGAACCAGCUGGAAGUUUUGGUAAUUCCCCCAAGGAACUGAAUGGAGAGUGUAGGUCUCGAGAAGCACGCACAGCUGACCCUUAUCCAUCGUUAAGUAUGCACUUAACAAAUCAACAACGCAUUCCUCAACCUGCACCCGAUAUUGGACAAAAUCAUCAAUAUAAUUGCAGCAGUUAUCAGCAUGAGAGGAACAAUAUGUUCCACUUGGAAGGCGCUUCAUCAACAGAACCUGUAAGACUUGAUGGAGCACACACCAAAAUGAAGAAUGCAACAACGGAGAAUGUCCCAAAAUUCAAUAAGCUCACAGAAAAAACAUUUGAAGCUGUAGAAAGUAUUUCUGCAACAAACACAAAAAUACACACAGAAAAUAGAUUGGCUGAGACAAAUCUAAAGGAGCAAACUUCUUCUCAUCAUGCUUCUGCCGCUGCAAACACAAAAAGUUCAAAAGCCAAAAAAGGAAAUUCCGAGAGUCGUAAAAAGAAUGAAGUUAACUGGGACAAUUUGAGGAAGCAGGUGGAGAGCGAUGGUAGAAAAAGGGAAAGGGGAAAUCACUCGAUGGAUUCACUUGACUAUGAAGCACUUAGAAAGGCCAAUGUUAAAGAAAUCUCUGAUGCCAUCAAAGAACGAGGGAUGAACAACAUGCUAGCAGAACGAAUCCAGGAAUUUCUAAACCGGCUGGUCAGAGAACAUGGAAGCAUUGACCUCGAAUGGUUAAGAGAUGUUCCUCCAGAUCAAGCAAAGAAUUUCUUACUAAGCGUACGAGGACUGGGGUUGAAAAGCGUGGAGUGUGUGCGGCUUUUAACACUCCACCAUCUUGCUUUCCCGGUUGAUACAAACGUUGGAAGAAUAGCAGUACGACUGGGUUGGGUCCCCCUCCAACCACUUCCCGAGUCGCUUCAAUUACACCUUUUGGAACUAUACCCCAUGCUGGAGUCAAUUCAAAAGUAUCUAUGGCCAAGAUUAUGCAAACUUGAUCAACGAACGCUAUAUGAGCUACACUACCAGAUGAUUACAUUUGGAAAGGUGUUCUGCACAAAGAGUAAACCAAAUUGUAAUGCAUGUCCAAUGAGAGGAGAGUGCAGACACUUCGCAAGUGCUUUUGCAAGCGCAAGAUUAGCCCUGCCAGGGCCAGAAGAGAGAGGUAUUGUGACUUCAACCGUUCCUAUACCAACAGAGGACCCCCCCGCUGUUGUUAUCCAUCCUAUGACAUUACCCCCACCAGAGAACGACUUGAAUAAAGAAGUUGGCUCCAAAACUGGAAAUUGUGAACCAAUCAUUGAAGAGCCUGCGACACCAGAAUUAGAAUGCACAGAGAUUUCACAAAGUGACAUAGAGGACGCAUUUUACGAGGAUCCCGAUGAGAUCCCUACUAUAAAACUCAACAUGGAAGAGUUCACAGAAAACUUGCAAACCUACAUGCAAAAGAACAUGGAGCUCCAAGAAGGUGAUAUGUCCAAGGCUUUAGUUGCGUUGACUACAGACGUUGCCUCUAUCCCUAUACCCAAACUGAAGAAUGUCAGUAGACUUCGGACAGAACACCAAGUGUACGAACUUCCAGAUUCACAUCCUCUAUUAGAACGGCUUGAUAGAAGACAACCUGAUGAUCCAAGCCCAUAUCUUCUUGCUAUAUGGACGCCAGGAGAAACUGCAAAUUCAAUUCAACCGUCCGAACAAAGUUGUGGCUCCCAAGAACCAGGCCAACUGUGUAACGAUGAGACAUGCUUCUCAUGUAAUAGCAUGAGAGAAGCUAAUUCACAAACAGUCAGAGGGACAAUUUUGAUACCUUGUAGAACAGCAAUGAGAGGGAGCUUUCCACUUAACGGCACAUACUUUCAAGUUAAUGAGAUGUUCGCAGAUCAUGAUUCUAGUCUCAAUCCAAUUGAUGUUCCUAGAGAAUGGAUAUGGAAUUUGCCAAGACGGACAGUAUACUUUGGAACCUCAGUAACAACUAUUUUUAGAGGCCUAUCAACGGAAGGAAUUCAAUACUGCUUCUGGAAAGGGUUUGUUUGCGUGAGGGGAUUUGACUUGACGACAAGAGCACCCCGGCCUCUGAUGGCCAGAUUGCACUUCCCCGCAAGUAAGUUGGCCAAGGUAAAAAAUGAUGACAAAAGGUAAAGAGUAGAUGGGACCAACGGCUAUCAGAACGAGGCACAAAGCAGGGUCUGUAGAACAAAACACAUAAGAUUACUGACGGGAUGAUACAGAAGAUCAAUGACUAACUUAUUGUUGUACAUUCAACCAUUCUUCCUCUAACAUAAAAUGCAUUCGCCACAUCUCGGCCAGGGAGCACAAAGCAAUUUCAAGACGUGAGAUCCAUAAUAAGAGGAAAGUAGUUUGUACAAGACUAGAUAACCAUUUUUACUAUUUCCGGUCUGCUCGAACCAGAGCAGUCUUCAUUGUUUAGCCAAUUUUCACAACCCCAGAAAAGGAAAUAAUCGAGUAAUUUGAUUCAUUAUAA